AUGGCUGAGAAUGUUAUUGGUCUCAACGUGCACAAGGUCGUCGAGCCCGACUCCGACCAAGGCGUACACCCUGAGAAGACUCACCAAGUCAAUACUCUUGACGUAGAGUCCCAAAACAACUCCCUCGAUCAGACACACUCUGUCAUCGAUGAUGAGGCAUACCCGGCUCCGACUGAUGACGAGCGGUCGACUCUACGCAAAGUAGCAGACUCCAUCCCCAUACAAUCAUGGUCCCUUUGCGUAGUAGAAAUGGCCGAGAGAGCAUCGUUCUACGGUGUCAAGGCUGCAUUUAACAACUACCUCCAGUUCCCUCUGCCCGAAGGAGGUCCUGGCACCGGUGCUAUUGACAAGUCUAAGCCCAACUCUCAUGCUGGCGCUCUUGGCCUUGGACUCCAGACAGCCUCUGCCCUGGGUCUGCUGUUCACCUUCUUGGCUUACGUUAUUCCAAUCUUUGGUGCGUGGAUUGCAGACGUCAAAAUCGGUCGCUAUAAAGCCAUCGCAUGGGGUGUCGGUAUCGGAGGUGUUGCCCAUGUCAUCAUGAUUGGAGGCGCUGCUCCCUCAAUCUUGCAGGCCGGUAAAGGUGUUGCUCCAUUUCUGAUCAGUUACUUUCUCCUUGCCAUCGGAGCUGGUAUCUUCAAGCCCAACGUUGCGCCGACUGUUAUCGACCAGUACAAGCACCAGCGCCAGUACACCAAGGUGCUUAAGUCAGGAGAGAAGGUUCUCGUCGACCCUGAGACCACUGUCAACCACAUUAUGUUGAUCUUCUACGCCUUCAUCAACGUUGGCGCCUUCUUUUCUAUUGCUGUCGUCUACAUCGAGAAGUAUCAUAGCUUCUGGUUGGCUUACCUCGUACCUGGUAUCGUCUACUUCCUCCUUCCGCUCUUGCUUGCCGCCACAUACAAGCGAACCGUCAGAAUUGCGCCUCAAGGCUCCGACCUGAACCGUUUUGUCAAGAUCACGGUUUCGGCGAUUAAGGGGAGCAAGGGCAACAUCUUCUCCAAGAACGUGUGGCAGAACGUCCGCCCCACUGCACUGGCUGAGCGAGGAGUGCAUGUCGGAUACUCUGAGAAGGACGUUGACGAUGCCCGCCGUACCUGGCAGGCGGUUCAGAUCUUCCUGUACAUUCCCAUCUGGUACUUGAAUGAUGGUGGUGUUGGAAACGUUCAGAGCAACCAGGGUGCGGCAAUGACAUCCGACGGCGCACCCAACGAUCUUCUCAGUCACUUCAACCCCUUGGUCAUCAUUGUCUUCUCACCCUUGAUGGCCAACGUCGUCUACCCCUUCCUUGAGCGUAGAAAUGUCAAGUUUGGACGCAUCAGCAGAAUGACGGUCGGAUUCGUUUUGGCCAUCAUUUCUUCUAUCAUUGGAGCGUUGGUACAAUGGCGUGUCUAUGAGACAAGCCCUUGUGGCUACGCUGCUAGUGACUGCGACGACGUCUCUCCUCUUUCGAUUUGGUGGCAGAUCCCCAACGUCGCACUCGGUGCCAUGUCAGAGAUCUUCAUCAACAUCACAGCCUACGAAUUGGCCUAUGCCCGCGCCCCGGAGCACAUGAGAUCGACUGUUGUUGCUCUCUUCUUAUUCAUGACAGCGUUGAGCAGUGCCUUGGGACAGAUUCUUCUUCCUUCUAUCGCGGACCCGACCCUCAUUUGGGCUUGGGCUGCCCCAGGUAUCGCUCUCUUCAUUCAGACAAUCGUUUUCUGGUUCAGACACCGUCAUCUCAACGACGAUGUUUUCAUGACGUACAAGGAAGACUUUGAGAGCGUCAACUCUGGAGAGAAGAAGGUUGUCGAGAAUGAUGAGAAAUGA